UUAUCAACAAGCGCAUGGGGCUCUGAAGUGAGCAGUUUCACAUUUAACCUCAAGUUUGUCUCACAUGACUAUACGCAUAUUCUUGGGUCUACAUAAUAGAGUUUCAUUGUGACGUUCACAUGCUGCACAACUGCUCUGAAACCAUAAAGAUUUUCAUUCAUCUCAGUGGUUAAUAAAUACAUGCAAGCAUGUGCUGCAAUGAAACACGUUAUCUUUUUUUAUAGGCCUAUAGUAGUGAAUUAUUGACGUCUUGUUGAUUUCUUGCUGUCUGGGCUGUGGGUUGUGAUGUGCAUGAUCUCUUCACAAGAGUUUUGUGCGUAUCAGUGUGGAUCAGUAGCUGAAGUUACCCACUGCAUAUCAUAACCAUCAAAGUCUUGUGAGACACACAGAAAUGUAAUGCGAGUGCUUAGGAAACUUACAAACGUGACACAGAAUUUGCUGAUCUGAAUACUCAAGUGUGAAAAUGUUGGAGAUGAUAAAAGAACCAGAUUAGAUGAUUGAUAUACUAUAUCUAUCUCGGAGAUAUAAAGAGAGAGAGAGAGAGAGUAAGAUAGUGUGUAAGAGAGAGCGAGAAAUAGACAGAGAAAAAAAGAGAGAGAGCUACACAUCUACACAUCUGCUGUCCUUUACCGGUAACAAACGCUGAAACUGCAGGGUAAAGUAAACAUGCAUUGGCUCCUCACAUUACUUUGUUUCUCUGUCAUAUUAGGGACUUCAGGUGAUGGAUAUAAUCUGGAGUGUUUCAAUGAUUAUAUAUCUACCAUAAGCUGCUCUCUGAACGUCUCUGCCUUCUCUACGGACAACACAUCAGCAUACUGGCUACAAUUCAGUUCCUUCGAUGAAUACUAUAACUGCACAUUGACAAGGAGAGAAGCGUCACUGGUGUGCAUCUUGGAUUUAGGUCCAGAUGUUAUCUUCACUGAUACGGACAGCUACAGCAUCUCCCUCCAUUCGGGUUGCCAUGGCAACAGUUGCUCUGUUGCACUGAAUGGCGACUACGUGCCUAAAAAACAUGUACGCCCGCUUGAACCACAUAACCUGUCAUUGCUCUGGAAUAAGACUGGGGCUGUUUUUCAGUGGCAAAUGGAAUUUUAUACAGGACGCUUGAUCAUAAAGUACCUCCAGUACCAGCUCAACAUAUACAGCAAAGAUUCGGAGCCUUAUAACGUAGAAGUCUCAGACCAGAAUGUGUCUGUGGAGACGUCUAGAUUUAAACCUCACACAAAUUAUACAGCACGCGUGCGAUCACGCCCUUAUCCAGACUACUAUAAUGGCGUUUGGAGUCAUUGGAGUACUUCCUUACACUGGAACUCGGGCAACAUUCAUGAAAGCUCUCCAGAAGGCUCUUUCCACGCUAUCAUGUAUCUUCUGGUAGUGCCGAUAUCAUUGGCACUUCUGUUCUGUUUCUCAUACUCCAGAUGCCGAAAACAGGAGUAUAUCCCAUCACCUGCACCAUAUCUGAGGGCCUGGAACGUAGAUGCUCAGAUCCAGACAAUGCAGUCGCAGAAGGUGAGUGAUAUAAUGCACGGGGAGGAGGCUUUACAGAUGGACAUUCUGAUAGAAAACAAAGACACGCCCCCUCCACUAACCACUUUGGAAUAUGAGAUGAUGGAAAUGACAGACGGACAAAGAUCAACACCCAAGUCUCCCAGCAUGCUUCAUUCUCCUGAGGGGUCAGAGGUCGACUCAGGCUGCUGGAUUCGUGAUGCCAUGGCAACACAAAGAGGAAGCAUAACAUGCAGUGAAGACUACUGUACGCUUUCUCAGUCUCAAAAUACUUAUGGUGUCUAAUAAACACUCAUAGAUACAGCUGAAAACAAGGUGACGUUCCUAAGUAACAAGGAUGUGUUAACGGAGAAAUUAUCUUUUUUGCACAUUUGGGUUUUGCACAUUGAUCUACGAUAGUAAAACCCACAAAAAGUUACUUUAGUUGUCAUGCUUAAGAGUAAAUAAAUAAAAUGCAUAUCAUAAACAGAAAAUUGACUAAAACCGGUUGCAUGCAAUGUGCAAGAUUGUAAUUUUCUUGACCUUUUGUACAGAUUUGCUACAACGUUUACUGCUACUAUUGUUAUUUUUUAUAUUGCUAUUAUAUUUCUGUCUUUAAAGUCCAUGUAAGGUCUGAUAUUAAAUGUGUUCUUAGUUUGUCACACCACCCAGACAUAUUUUAAAAAACACCAAGUAAGUAAAAUUAGUUUCAAAAUCUUGGAAAACAGGCAGGUUCCUCUGCUCUCAAACCACACCCACUUGCCUUUAAAACUGCUGUCUAUCUCAAGCCUGUAUCACACCAAAAGAUAAUCGGGCUGAAUUUGGGCCCCUUACCACAAUCCUAGGUAAAGUCCCAAUCGUCUUCAUGGUUGAACCGAUUAUCUUAUCAGAUUUUUAUGUGGUGCGCAGUGUGUUAAGAAUCUGCUCGGAAGCACGUCGGAUGUGCUCCUAUAGCAAAUUGAAAAUAUUCAACAUGUUAAAUGUUGAAUAUUUUCAAUUUGCGAUAGGAGCACAUCCGACUGGCCGCUAGAGGCUCCAAAAGGGAGUUAAAAUGCCCACAUUUACAGCUGGAAAUAAUAUUUUUACAGCCUGGUACAAAAAUGUUUUUUGGUCUAUAGCUAAGUUUGCCCUUCAUGACAACUGUGAGAGGGGUAAAAAAAAAAUUUGUUUAAUUAUAUUAAAGGCGGAGUCCACGAUGUUUGAAAGCCAAUGUUGAUAUUUGAAAUCACCUAAACAAACAUGCCCCUACCCCAAUAGAAUCUGGACCUUCUGUUGAUAGACCCGCCCCACACAUACGCAACCCAGCAAGGAUGUCGGUUAGUAGACACGCUCCUUACUGCUGAUUGGCUAUAAGUGUGUUUUGGUAGUCGGCCCGUCUCCUUUUCCAAAGCGUUUUUCAAACAUCGUGGACUCCGCCUUUAAGCCUUAUAGUUCUGCAUAAUUAAGGGUGUGGCCACUUGAGUGACGGGUGGACCCCCACUGCUGCUACUACAGUCGAGCUAGGCGGCGUUGUUUAAGCAACCAGCCACCUCAGCUUCACCCACAUCCCAUUUUCGGUUAUCUGGGAAUGAUUCGCUGUGACGCGGGCCAAGAUGGCGACGGCAGGCACCGCCUACUAUUGGCUUCAAAAAAGCUCUUCACAAACCUAUCUAUGGGUGACGUCACGGACAAUACGUCCAUAUUUUUUUACAGUCUGUGUGGAGCUUGGGUCAGAUUCUUUGUAAUAUUUUAUUACUAAUAAUAUAUUUAAGAGGGUAGGUGGCCUUUCUUUUUAAUGAAAUCUAAUUACUCCACUGGUAAAUUACCUAAUAAACUGGCUAGAUUCCAUCAACAAGCUUUGUUAGCCUAGAAACUGGUUUACAACCACAACUCCCCCCC